UUAAAAGUCAUGCGAAGCUUCCAUUCCACAACAAUGGCGAAACGAUUCAGACUUCGAAUUUCUCGAGCCAUUUCCACCACUCUCCAGUCCUGCCGAUCAAAGCACCCCUCCAUCCUGCCCCAAGAUCCCGCCCCUUCCUUCACAAUCGCCGCUCCCAGCUCGCCGGAGUUCAAAUGGCGAAGAGAACACAACUGGCACGUCAUCGCCAGAAUUUACGAAAACCACCCUCCGCCGCCUCACCGGAAAACCCCCGACUUCAACGCCGCAGCUCCCUCCCCGCCGCCGCCGCCGCCGCCGCCGUCCGGUGAGAAAAAGAAGAGCCGCGGGAAAAGGAACCGGAAGAAAAUCAACGUCCCCACCAGGCUUCGCCUGAGCACCUCCUCCGCCGACAGCGGAUGGUUCAGCAGCGAAGGCGGCUGCGGCGGCGGCGCCGCCGCCGCCGCCGAGCAAAGUCUCCAAGAGGAAGCAGAAACGUUAUUCUCCCCAUCAAUUAGCUUCUCAACGGAUUCUUCCUCCGAUCGUCGCAAAAACUUCGCACAACCGUUCGCCGGAAAAUUUCCUCACCGGAGAUACAAAAAACGAGAUUCCAAACGCACGGCGGCCCGAUCGACGGCCUCCGGAGGCGCCGCCGCGGCGGUGGAGGCGGACAUUCCGGCGCGGCUCUCGGUGUUUAAGAAGCUGAUUCCGUGCACAGUGGACGGAAAAGUGAAGGAGAGCUACGCGAUCGUGAAGAGAUCGGAGAAUCCGUACGAGGAUUUCAGGAAUUCGAUGGCGGACAUGAUUCUGGAGAAGCAAAUGUUCGAUCCCGCCGAUUUGGAGCAGCUCUUACAGUGCUUCCUGUCGUUGAAUUCCGGCAACUAUCACGGCAUCAUCGUCGAAGCUUUCUCCGACAUUUGGUCCGCCAUUUUCGCGCCGUCGGAGUGCAGUAAGCGUUCCUCCGAUCAGAGCCGGCGCAGGGUUUCCAAAACGGCGUCGUUUUAGCGGUUUUAGUUUAAACAAAUAGUUAAUGCCCAGGCCUACUGUUUAUCUGUUUUUUUCUUUUUUGGAAUUUAUAAGUCGUCAUCAUCGAUGGUUCUAAGUACUUGUAUAUUAUUAAAUCUGAUUUUUAGUUCUGGUUAAUUCGUGCUAUAGUAUUAGUAGUCCUAUAAUAUCAAUGUUUUAUAGUAAUAAUUUUAACUUUUGUAUUAAAUCUUAAGGUUUUUUUUUUCAUAAUUUCAUUUUAAUAUUCAUAUGUAUAAAAUUCAUAAAAUGCUCCUAGGACCAGAAAGUGGCCAAGUGCGGGGACAAGUUAUUUAACAGGAUAGGCCGAUUUGACUUAAUUAUUUUAAUAUUUAUUAAAUAAAAUUAAAAUUAUAAAAUGAAUACCAAAAAAUUGCAUACAUAAUGUAAAUUGCCACAACAGGUAAAUGUUGCACUUAAAAAAUUAUUUCGCCUAAAUAUUUUUAAGGUGGAUUAAACCAUUUUUACUUGGCUCGACUACUAAAAUGUAAUCACUACUCAAUCUCAUAAUUACAAACAAAACUGAACUUAGUAUUUUAAUAGUAAUACUCAGAAGUAUUGAUCACAACAUAAUUAUUACAAAAAAGGAAGAAGGUAAAUUAAGUCUGUCAAAAAUAAAGUAUAGGUGUCUAUUUUCAUUGCAAAAAAAUAAUAUAUUUGUAACGGAAUUUCGUCCCUAAAGUUCACAUAGCUAACGUAAUUCCAUUACUAAUUCCGUCUCUAAUGUCAUUAGUAACAAAAAAAAAUAGAUUUAAAAAAAAAAAAAUUUUGUUACAAAAAUAAUUUUUUUCUUGUAGUGUUUGCACGAGGUGAAGUGAAGAUACAACUAGUUACUAUAAUCACGCAUAUCCAAAGGUGUCUUUUUUUGGUUUGUUGAAUUAUAUUACUUAAAUUUAAAAAAUUUAAAAUGAAAAACAAUAGUACAAUAAAUAAGGAGAGAAGCCAUUGGUAAAAAAAAAAGGAAAACAAAGCGCAGCCUUAAAAAUAUAUGCAUAUCUUGAGAAGAGGAAAAGCAAUGAAUGGGAAGUGA